AUGAAUAUCAACGUUUUUCUUGCUGAUUUGUUUGAAAUUUUUGAACCUGCUCCAACCGUUGUGGCGCAGCCUGAACCUGUCACAUCACCUCGGCGAUUCGUUCCCGUGCAAGGGAUUCCGGAUUUGCGCGCUGCCAACUCUGCAGCUCGCAGCCAAUAUCCGCCAAGAGUCAGGAAUCCGUUCAGCAACGUGCAUGUGACGUCAACUCCAGCUGGAGUUCCUGUUUCUGUACCAUCUCGUUCGAUCAGUAUGAUGAGUCAAGACAGUCUGCUAACAAAUAGAACACAAGAUUCAUGGCGAGUCGCACCACAACGUCAACCGCCCGAGUACUGGGGUGCAAACGUCACCAAUUUUGGUCGCCUCGUUCAGCCUGAUGAUGGUAGUAACGGUAACCUGUCUACAACGGGAUGUUCACCAUAUGCAAGGAGCGACUCGUUGCCGACAGCCUCAAUCAGACUCGCACUCGAAGAAAAACGCCGUGAUCAUGAAAAACGGAAGGCGCUAAUGAGUACGAUGACUGAGUCAGAACGUGCUGAAAAAGGAAAAGCGGCCUUCUUUGCUGUGAUGAACAGAGGUGAUCAAUCUAAUGCGGCUGGCUCUGAUUCACCAAAUGCUAAACUCAUUCGCGAGUUGGAUCGCAAAUUGACAGAUCUCGCCCAGCAAGUAUCCCUUAUGAAUAUUAGCCCAGACCAGCAACGUAUCAGUCGUGCAUUGUCUCAACCGAGUGUCUAUCAAGAAGUUCCACCAGCUCCACCUCAAUCAGCUCGAGGCGGAUAUGGAACUUUGCCUCACAGUACCCAAAAUGCACCAAGUUAUGGACAACCAUAUGCUCAUCAACAACAGCAACAAGACUUUUAUGGGUAUGCGCAGCCACAGCAAGGUCCCUAUGCUCAGCCACAACAGCUGCGUUCAAGCCUUUCAAAUGGCAUGCUAAACUAUAUUCCGGGUCAAAUGCCAUCGUAUGGCGAAUACCCUACUGGUCUGGUGCAACCCCCACAAAUGCCUGGUCAACCAGCGUAUAGUCCAGAAAUGUAUACCCAACAUAUGCCCUCAUUAUGCACAACAAUCACAACAGCAGCCAGGCUAUGCGAUGCUACCGGCUUUUCGCUUCAUCAGCCGAUAGGCGCGGCGCCAAUGAUGGCGCCACCGGCGUCAACGUAUUCAUCGGCUUAUUCGCAACAGCCGCUUGACACGCACAACACUUCGCCUUCCUACGCACUGCAAUCUCAACCCCCACAACUGAUUCCGGCUAUGAUGCCCCAACAACAGCAACAACCUUCACAAGCCUAUUCAUCGUAUCAGGGUACACCACAACUCGAGAAUCAACCACCACUCGGCUACGAAUCUCAAGACGGUGGAGCAACGUUCCGACUACACAGCCAAGAUGUAAAUAUUUUUUUUCUGAAUUGA